AAUAGUGGGAGGUCUACCAAUCAGGAUUGUUCCUCAUCAUUCUGAUUGGUCUCUUUCCACCAUUUGGACUUUCCAUUCUGUUUUCCGAGAACCAUGGAACAGCAUUCUAAAUCUUAAAUCUUGCAAUUAUGGUGAAAUUUGACCAAUCAAAUGUAUUUAUUCCCUUAACGCUAUUUUGCUAAAUACAGCCAAUUUUUUUUAUUAGGUUUGUGGUCUCAGCGAUUUUAUAUACUACUAAGUUGUUGGAAAAUGAACCGAAACCGCUGAGAGCAUUAUCGUUUCUCUGAUUAUUGAUUGCAUUUGAUCGAGACAACAAUUUUUUCAACGCUCUCAGGUCAUUUUCAAGCAUACUUACGUGCUCCAGGUCAUAUAAAAUCGCUAGAACAAGCUCAUUUAUUUACUUUAAUUUUUAUUCACAAUUUCAAUUAUCGAUGUAGCAAUAAAAGAAAUAUAUGGUAAUACUAAUUUCGUGAGAAUUUAUUGUUUUUAGUUUCAGUUGCACAGUUUCAAAAAUGCACAAUUAACUUCAAAGAGUAGUUUUCUGCGGUUUAGUUCAAAUAUACUAUUUUAAUAAUUUACUCUGUACAAUUUUGUUGUAUUUACCGACGUGGAUAUAGUUCGUGAUUAGUGGCGAGCUAAAUGAUAGACUUCCUAACCUCUUUUUGUAAAAGAUAACAAAUUAUCGCAAUCACGAGAAGUAAUUUAAAUAAAAAAUAAUCAUAUUCUGAAUGUGAAAGUUUAUUAUUUAUAUUAGAUACUCAUUUACUAUUAUAUGAUGGCCGUAUGCGUAGCAGUAAUAGGUAAAGAUAAUUCACCAAAAUACAUAAAAUGUUUGGAUGAAAAUACAGCACUUCAAUUCCAUUAUAAAGUUCAUACAACAAUUGAUAUCAUUGAAGAAAAACUAAAUGUUGGGAAUAAGACAGCUUCUGAUGUACGAGAAUUGUUUUUAGGAUUAUUAUUUUCAGCGGAAGAUCACAAAAUAUUUGGUUAUGCUACAAAUACUAAAAUCAAAUUUGUUGUGAUAUUGCAAUCAACUAACACAUUAUUGAGAGACAACGAAGUUAGAACGAUUUUUAAGAAAUUACAUGCAGCGUAUGCAAAUGCUGUGUGUAAUCCAUUCUAUGUGCCUGGGGAUCAGAUCAAAUCUAAGUUAUUCGACUUAGCUGUAAUGGAGAUAAUGGGUAUUAUAUAGAUUUAUGUAAGACAUUCCUAAUAUUCUAGUAUAAAAUAUAUGAUUCAUUUUAAGUGUUUAAUACAAUAUAGUUAUUUAUUAUAAAGUACAUCAAUUACUGGAAUAUAAAUCCUCUCACUUCUCUAUUUUUAAUAAAUUACGAUUACAGUA